AUGUCUGAGCAAUACAAGGGGCAAGACCUCAUGGACAUUGCCAAACAAGCCGAACGAGAUCUCGCGUCGGCCAAAUCCAAGCACGGUGCGCAAGACAGUGGCUUUGGAGGCAAAACGGUCCCUGGAGGGAGCGACAGCACAACCGAAUCUGGCAUCGAUCAAUCAGUAACCAACAAGUUUCCCGGUAGCACCGCUGAAUACGGAAGCAAAGUCUCGGGUGCGGGUGACAACAGAGAGAUUCCCGUCGAAGAGGGCGGUGGUAUACAGAAAGGCACAGGGCGGCCGACCAAGGCUGGUGAUUUUGAAAAGGGCGCCCCUGGCGAGGGCCCCGAGGAUGUGAGCAGGCAAUAUGCGGAACAGUACGGUGGUAAUGAUGAUGUGAGGAGUAAUAUCAAGAAUGCAACAGCAUGA